AUGGCGGCGCCCGCGGGCGUGGCGCGUGGGGACGUCCGCUUUGUCUUCUGCAACGUGACUGACCCGGUGGACGCCGCGCUGAUGGCGGUGGAGGCCGGCGCAAAGAUUUACAUGCUGGUGCUCGACUGCACCGAGAACAUGAACGACGACAGAGAAAGACUGCACCCUGAAUCUUGGCUGGGAGAAGCUGGAAGAUGUCGUAAAUCUGCAUUUCCCCAAAGAAAUAAAGCCAGCAACCAUAAAUCAGUCAGAGAAGGAUAA